AUGUCUAAAAUAUGUGUUUUAUUGUCAUUUAUAUUUGUUUUGAUAGUACAAAGUAAACAAAAUACACCAGUGGUUAUAACUACAUGGAAUUUUGUUAACUCUACUAUUACCGCUUGGAAUAUUUUAAAACAAGGCGGGUAUUCUCUUGAUGCUAUAGAACAAGGAACUUCCAUAUGUGAAGAACAACAAUGUGAUGGAACAGUAGGUUAUGGUGGCAGUCCAGAUGAAGAUGGAGAGACCACUUUAGAUGCUUUUAUAAUGGAUGGGAGAACAAUGAAUGUUGGUGCUGUUGGUGCUCUACGAAGGAUAAAGAAGGCAGCAUCAGUAGCAAGAAAUGUCUUAGAUUAUACCAAGCAUUCAAUACUUGUUGGAGAAUUAGCAACCCAGUUUGCAGUACAAAUGGGCUUUCAUGAAGAAACUUUAACUACACCAGAUUCUAAGAGAAUGUGGUUAAAAUGGUAUUAUCGCGAUCAUUGUCAGCCAAAUUUUUGGAUGGAUGUAACACCUGAUCCCAGCAAGUUUUGUGGACCAUACAACAAACUUGAUGCAUUUACGACAAGGAAUUAUAACUUUAUGCCUAUAAAAGUUAAUAGAUUUAAUCAUGAUACUAUUGGAAUGGUGGCAAUAGAUAAUAAAGGGGAUGUUGCUGCUGGAACAUCCACAAAUGGAGCAAAAUUUAAAAUUCCUGGACGAAUUGGGGAUUCUCCAAUUCCAGGUUCGGGUGCUUAUGCAGAUAACACAGUUGGUGGUGCCACAGCUACUGGAGAUGGGGAUAUUAUGCUUAGAUUUUUGCCAAGUUUCCUGGCAGUCGAAGAAAUGCGCCGCGGAGCGUCGCCUACACAAGCCGCGCGGUUUGCGAUAAAUAGAAUAGCAGUACAUUAUCCAGAUUUUAUGGGAGCAGUUGUAGCUUUGAAAAUCGAUGGAACCUAUGGAGCAGCCUGCCAUGGCUUAGGAGAUGAACCAUUUCCCUAUGUAGUACAAGAUGUUACCAUGAAAAAAUAUAAAAUAGAAACUGUCAAUUCACACGGUUCAACAAUGGCGGACGCAGCUCCAGCCGGUGGACGUGGCGGUUUUCGCGGUGGCUUUGGAUCUCGUGGUGGAGAUAGAGGUCGUGGAGGUCCUCGUGGUCGUGGACGCGGUCGCGGCCGUGGUCGUGGACGCGGAAAGGAAGACCAAAAGGAAUGGGUACCCGUAACCAAGCUGGGCCGUCUCGUAAGAGAAGGGAAGAUCGACAAACUUGAGAGCAUAUAUCUAUUCUCUCUGCCCAUCAAAGAGUUUGAGAUCAUAGACUUCUUCCUGGGCGCUUCAUUGAACGAUGAAGUGCUUAAGAUCAUGCCUGUACAGAAGCAGACUCGUGCUGGUCAGCGUACCCGUUUCAAGGCUUUCGUAGCCAUUGGAGAUAAUAAUGGUCAUAUUGGACUUGGCGUUAAGUGCAGCAAGGAAGUAGCAACUGCUAUUCGUGGUGCUAUUAUCUUGGCUAAGCUCUCUGUACUUCCAGUACGCAGAGGUUACUGGGGUAACAAGAUCGGCAAGCCUCAUACUGUACCAUGCAAGGUAACUGGCAAGUGUGGUUCUGUAACUGUACGCUUGAUCCCAGCUCCCAGAGGUACUGGUAUUGUGUCAGCUCCAGUUCCUAAGAAGCUUCUUCAAAUGGCUGGAGUACAGGACUGCUAUACUUCAGCAAGAGGUUCAACUGGAACCCUUGGUAACUUUGCCAAGGCCACAUAUGCAGCUAUCGCCAAGACUUAUGCUUAUCUUACUCCUGACUUAUGGAGGGAUAUUCCAUUGACGAAGUCACCCUACUCUGAAUUCAAAGUC